AUGGCGGCUGCGAAGCCAACCCCUACGGACUCGCUCUCUUUCUGCCUCGCGCAGCUCUCGGCGGCGGCCGGGGAGGGUCUAGGUGGAGCAAAGGAUACAACUACCAACGAGACACCCUUGGGCCGUGCGCUCUUAGCUCUCCGCACGCGCCACGUCAAGGCAAAGGGGGGAAUCGAGCGCUUCCGGGCACGCGGCGGGCUCCUCCCCCUUCUGGCGCUGCUACGGCGAGCGUCGGCGGUGGAUCCCGCCCCGUGUCUGGCCGGCCCUGGCUCCUCCCCUUCGUCGAUCGAGUCUGCUGCUUCGGCUGGCCCCGCCCCUUCGGCUGGCCCCGCCCCCUCCUCUGCGUCCUCAUCGACGCCCUCGCCGCCUGCGCGCCUGCGCAAGACCCUGGACUUGGCGCUCAGCAUCCUGGCCAACUGCUGCACGGAAGGGGCGUGCCGGACUGAAGUGCGCAGACUCGGAGGCAUUCUGUCUUUGGUGACUAUUCUUCAGUGUGUGAAGACAGACAGCAUCCAGAACCGAGCAGCCCGUGCUCUGGGCAACUUAGCCAUGGACCCUGAGAGCUGUGGGGACAUCCAUUCUGCUGGUGCUGUUCCCCUCCUCAUUGAGAGCCUGACGACCUGCCAGGACUCGCACUGCCUGCAGAGUGUGGUCCGUGCCCUCCGCAACCUGGCGGACUCCCCCCAGCACCGCCUGGCCCUGGCACAGCAGGGGGCAGUGCGCCCACUGGCUGAGCUUCUGGCUGCUUCCCCAGACCCCGCGCUGACCUUGGCCCUCGUCCGUGCCCUCCAGGAGCUGAGUCGAGGCUGCUCCCGUGCCUGUGCGGAGCAGCUGAGUCUGGGUGGAGGACUAGGCCCACUGGUCAGUCUAGCCGCCCAUCCCAAAAAGCAGGUCUGCGAGUCAGCGAUCCUGAUCCUUGCCAAUCUGUGUGCCCAGGGCCUGGUACGGCCUGCACUGGGCAAUGCUGGUGGCGUGGAGGUGCUACUGGGUGAGCUCCAGCAACGCCGAGGCCCCAAUGGAGCUGGCCCAGCCUCCCAGCAGCCCCUAGUGCGGGCUGUGUGCCUACUUUGCCGGGAGGCCAUCAACCGAGCCCGGCUGCGGGAUGCCGGUGGUUUGGAGCUGCUGAUGGGCCUGCUGCGGGACCCUCACGCCAGCGCCUGGCACCCUCGUGUGGUGGCUGCCCUUGUGGGCUUCCUCUAUGACACAGGGGCCCUGGGCCGGCUGCAGGCUCUGGGGCUGGUGCCUCUCCUGGCCGGGCAGCUGUGCGGUGAGCUUGGUGAAGAGGAAGAAGAGGGAAAAGAAGCUGCUUCCUGGGACUUUCCUGAGGAGCGGACCCCCGAGCGGGUGGAAGCUGGAAGCUUCCGAAGCCUCAGGGCCUGGCUGAUAUCGGAGGGCUACGCCGCAGGCCCCGCGGACAUCUCCCCGGACCGGUCUCCAGAGCGCUGCCCGCUGCCGCCUCCGCCGCCCGCGCCCCCGGAGCAGGCCCAGGCAGCCAGCCCGGCCCGCGGCCCCACCGUGGUGCGGACGCCUCGAGGCCGCAGCCCUGCCACCGAGGAGCCGUGGGGCCGCGAGGGGCCGGCGCUGCUGCUGCUCUCGCGCUUCUCCCAGGCUCCGGACCCCAGCGGGGCGCUGGUGACAGGCCCGGCCCUGUGCGGCCUGCUGGCCUACGUGACCGGGGCGCCCGGCCCGCCCAGCCCGCGUGCGCUGCGCAUCCUGGCGCGCCUCACCUGCAACCCCGCCUGCCUGGAGGCCUUCGUGCGCAGCUAUGGCGCCGCGCUGCUGCGCGCCUGGCUGGUGCUGGGGGUCGCCCCGGACGACUGGCCCACGCUGCGGGCCCGGCCCCCCAGCCUGCGCAGCCAGCACCGGGAGCUGGGUGAGAUGCUGCUGCAGAACCUGACGGUGCAGGCCGAGUCGCCCUUUGGAGUGGGUGCCCUCACUCACCUGCUGCUCUCCGGGAGCCCUGAGGACCGUGUGGCCUGUGCACUGACCUUGCCCUUCAUUUGUCGGAAGCCCUCUCUGUGGCGCCGGCUCCUUCUGGACCAAGGCGGCCUCCGGCUCCUCCUCUCGGCCCUGACGCGGCCAGCUCCGCACCCACUCUUCCUCUUCUUCGCUGCAGACUCCCUCUUCUGCCUCCAAGGCCUGGUGUCGCCCACUGCGAGCCCAGCCCUCCCACCUGCAACCCCCUUGGACCCAGACUCGCCCUCCCAUUGCCUCUAUGAACCUCUGCUGGGCCCAGCUCCCGUCCCAGCCCCGGAUCUGCACUUCCUGCUGGACUCGGGCCUCCGGCUCCCUGCACAGCGAGCUGCCUCAUCCACUGCCUCCCCUUUCUUCCGGGCCCUGCUGGCUGGCAGCUUUGCUGAAGCCCAGAUGGACCUGGUACCUCUUCGCGGCCUGUCGCCCAGCGCGGCCUGGCCGAUCCUGCAUCACCUGCACGGCUGCCGGGGCUGUGGGGCAGCGCUGCGGCCCAUUCCCCCGCCAGGCCAGCCCCUGCUGGGCUCAGAGGCUGAGGAGGCACUGGAGGCCGCCGGCCGCUUCCUGCUGCCUGGGCUGGAGGAGGAACUGGAAGAGGCUGUGGGCCGGAUCCACCUGGGAUCCCAAGGUGGCCCAGAGUCAGUGGGUGAGGUAUUCCGCCUGGGCCGGCCCCGGCUGGCUGCCCACUGUGCACGCUGGACCCUGGGGCCAGGGCAGUGCCCACGGAAGCGGGCUCUGGCCUUAGUGGGGCUUGUGGAGGCAGCAGGCGAGGAAGCAGGUCCCCUGACUGAGGCUUUACUGGCUGUGGUGAUGGGAGCUGAAGUGGGGAGCAAGGGGCCCAGCCUAG